AUGGGAAUGCACUUGGUUAUUAAUUGCCCAAUUACUGGCUGUUUAAUCCUCUUCCUUGCUGAUCAAGCACUGAUUUUGUUUAAAGAGCAAGUUGCUGAGCCCCAGUGGAGGGAUUAUAUUUUUCCUGGGCCUUUCAAGUCACAUCUUACUUCUUGCCCAGAUAUGUUUCCAGCCUAUCGGACAAUGGUCACAGCCCCAUUUUGUGCCAAUAAGAUGGAAUGGAAAAUGGGGAACUGUUGGAAAAUUUUUUCUUCCUUGAUUAAAGAACUUGAUUUCUUGUUCAGAACACCAGUUAAUGGGAUCUGGAUCUGUGGCAACAAUCUUGCAAAUAUGAGGUGA